AAGGCAACAAAUGUUGUUGUUGCUUCCUCUUUCUAUUCUGGUGAAAAGAAAUUUGCUGAACUGGAAAAUGUAAGAGUGGUAGGGAGAGAGACAGCCAUACUCAGACAAAGAGACAAACAGCUUUUUGGCUCUGCAAACAAUUAACACAAAGGAUUUACCUAAGAUAUCUGUGUAUGACCAUAAAAACCCAGAGUACAGAUCAAAAAGCCAUCAUGUCCUUAAAUAUACAAUAUUGCGGCUCUCGUGAAGGGUGAUGGAGUUUAACAUCAAAUCUUUGGGAAAUAUGGCACAUUGGUUCCAUCUAUUGAUCUCAGUGGGAAUAUUCACCUCAUUCCUUCAGUUCACCCUAAACUACAGUUUCAAGAACUGCAAUGAAAGUGUAGACUCAAAGAAAGCAAUAUUUAAAUGUAUAAAACGGCAAGCACAGACAGUUUCUGCGAUUGUGGAUGACAUACCCCCUUCUGCAACAAACAUUACAAUCUCUUACUGUAUUCUCUCAGACAUUCCUUCAGGAAGCUUUAGUCACCUGCCAGAACUCAAGAUUCUCAGACUUGACUGUAAUCGUAUAAGGAAAAUUAACGAGGAUGCCUUCAUUCACCUAAUGCAUCUUCAAACCCUGAACUUGUCAACCAAUGCCAUAUCCUAUCUCAGUCAUUCUUCCUUUAGAGGCCUCCAUAAUCUCACCAACUUACUCUUGGAUGACAACCAACUGAAAAGUCUUCCUUUAGACCUGUUUUCUAGUUUGACCAGCUUAAAGAUUUUGGACCUACGUAGGAACCAGUUAUUCAACUUCUCAGCUGUGGUGCAUUCAAUAACACACCUGUCAGCUCUGACUAAACUGAAGCUUUCCUUCAACAGUCUAAACUCCUUGCAUCACUCAGCCAGUCUUCCACAGUCACUUGCCACCCUUUACCUUGAUAACAACAAUCUAAACACUCUGGGAUGCAGUAGAGAAUUUCUAAGUAGUGUCAAAGUGUUGGAUUUCUCCUAUAACAAAUUUCUAUCAUCCAGGGCUUUUUGGGGUAUGAACCUGAACGGUCUGAGGUACCUGCGAUUGCAUUCUACCAAUGUUUCUAUAAUAAAACUCCUCAAGUGUAAUUUCACAAAGGUGCCACCUCAAUGCAUAGAUUUCUCUGGUUUGGGAGCAAAUAAGCCCCACUUUCUGUCUUCACUGUGUAAACAACUGUCACACUAUCCAAAAAUACAUAUACGUAAUAUGACCCUUCAAAGUAAUGGAAUAAGGACUCUGAACAAAACUAUGCUCUCUAAUUGCCCUAAGAUCUCUGGGAUCUUGGACCUCUCAUACAAUGAGCUGAAAAACAUAAAAUGUUUGGAGUUCCUCAAAGAUCAAAAACAAGUGAGGAGUCUCAAAUUUGAACAUAACCACAUAACCAAACUAUUAUCUUGCAAGACGGCAACCAACCUGAGUUUACCCAACCUUAAAGAACUGAGCUACCGCUACAAUCGCAUUUUAUACAUUAGUGCAUUUGCUUUUAUUCAUGCACCCAAAAUAACAACACUUCUUCUUAACAUAAACAUAAUUGCCUAUAUGGACAAAAAAGCUUUGAGUGGACUUAGAGACCUUGUUACACUCCGUUUAGACAACAAUCUUUUGAGUGAUCUUUAUGCUGAGAGCUUUGAAGACCUUCACAGUCUUAAGACACUCAAUUUGCGCAAUAACCGAAUUGCUGUGAUAUUCAACAAUACCUUCCACUCCCUUGGAAAUCUGACCAUUCUAGAUUUAGGUGGAAACAAGAUAGCACAGUUGAUGCCCCAAGCUUUUAAUGGGCUUGACAGCUUGGCCAAUCUUUACUUAGACCGUAAUCGUCUUGAAGCUAUUGAUGAUCAACAGCUUGGAAGGCUUCAUCGCACAUUACAAGUGCUAGAUUUAUGUGGUAAUUCUAUCUGCUAUUACACAAAACAGCCAUACUCUCCAUUUGUAAAUUUAACAAAGCUCAUUGACCUGAAAUUAGAUGGACAGUUACCAUAUGGCAUCUCCAUAUUACCUAGCGCAUUUUUCCGUGGCCUUACUUCCCUGACAAGACUUUACCUUAGCAACAACCAUAUCUCUUAUUUCAACGCUGACAUAUUUGAUGACCUGAAAAGCUUAACCUUUUUAACAUUAGACAACUCAGGUGCUGGUGUGACUCAACUCAAGCCAGGUAUUUUCAAAAACCUUCAGAAAUUGGUGACAUUAUCUAUUGAGAAUAUGGGUGUCGAGUCAUUUUCAGAAGAGGUAUUUGGUAAUCUCACAGCAUUGAAAGUGCUCCAUCUUAACCGCAAUGCUCUGCAAACAAUGGACAUACAAUUGCUAGAAAACCUAACUAAUCUACAGUACCUAGACCUGCGAAAUUCUCCACUCAGCUGCAGCUGUCUCAAUAGUGACCUACAGAAUUGGACUAAGAACAACCAGAAGGUCCAGCUUGUAUACCUUUACGAUUUGUCUUGCCAGGAUCUCAAUGGGUCAAACUUUUACAACUUUGAGACCGAUGUUUGUUAUCUGGAUCUUGGAGUGUACUUGUUUGCCUCCACAUAUUUUGCAACAAUUGUAUUAAUUCUAGUACCACUGCUUCAUGUUAAACUUUACUGGAAAUUUAAAUAUGGCUACUAUGUAUUCCGCUCAUGGUUUGGGGAACAGUGGCGUCGUCUCCGGGAGGAGGAAGAAAAAAGCAUGUAUGAUGCUUUCAUUUCUUACAAUUCAGCAGAUGAGAAAUGGGUGAUGGAGAAGUUGCUGCCAAACCUGGAAGGCAAUGGGUCUUCAUUCAAACUCUGUCUCCACCACCGUGACUUUGAGCCAGGUCGCUACAUAGUUGACAACAUUGUUUCAGCUGUUUACAACAGCCGCAAGACAGUAUGUGUUAUCAGUCAAAGCUUCCUCCGUAGUGAGUGGUGCUCCCUCGAGAUCCAAAUGGCCAGCUACCGUCUUUUUCAUGAAAUGCAGGAUGUGCUCUUACUUGUCUUCUUGGAGUCUAUACAUGAGCGACAGCUGUCCACCUAUCACCGUAUGAGGAAAGUUAUGUUGAAAAAAACCUAUCUACAGUGGCCACAGCCAGAUUGCACAGAUCCGAUCAAUGCACAAGAACUAUUUUGGAAGCAGCUCAAGAGGGCAAUAAGUAGUAGCAGCAGAUGCCAAGAAGAGCAAUCGGAGGUAGAUUUGCAGAUGGGGCAGCCAACUGAAGGAAACAUGGAAGAAAGAGGCCAUUUUGGAAGCCAACCCAACCUGAUGCCCUAAAAAAAAUAUAAACCUAUACACACAUGACAGGCCUCCAAAUCAUGGUCAUGGGACCAAGUCAAGUAACAUUUAAAUAAGACUAUGCAAAGAACACAAGUACAUAUCUGAACAUGUCUUAAAUAUUCACAGGUCAUAUUUAAUGACGAAACAUUUUUGACUAAUUUUCAAUUUUGUGGUAUGGUAUAUUUGAGCCUUAUUAACAAGGGCUUGAUAAAUAGAAUCUUGUGAAACAAAACACCAGUAUUGACAGGAAUUGCUGUAAUAUAUUUUGAAGAAAUUAUGUUGUAACCAAAGAAUUCUUUAUUAUAAAAUAUGAAACUUUUAUCUGCAUUCUUGCUGAGUUAAAAUUGACUUCAGUGUAUGUAUAAAUCUUGAGUUAAAAUGUCUGAAUCCAUACAAGAACUUCACUCUAAACACAGAAAGAUCUGCAGUUCCAGAUUUUAGAGCAAUGCAGUUCAAUUCAAUACAGGUUUAUGCAUCCUUAGUAUGUGGGCUUUCAUGUUAAUAUAUUGAAAUCGCAGUAACACAUAAUAGGUUAAAUUACAAAAACAACAUAUGGGAUAUGAAAUAUCACCUGGCACAUAAUGUGCAGUCACUGUCUUAAACGUUACAAAGCAAUGUCAAACACAGUAAGCUUUUUUCCUGUUUUUUGAGGUAUGUUCAUUAGAUGCAAAUAUACAGGUGUACUUGAAGCUAUAACAAAUGGUUAUUUGUUCUUCAUGUGUUUUAAGACUUUAUUAAGUCUUUUGUCAUUUAGUAAGAACUGGUAUUAAUUAAACACAAAUAUCAUGCUAUAGUGAUUUUGACAUGAAGCAAAAUGAUCUUCAAACAGAACCAAAUAAGCAUGUCAUACAAUUAUCUGUCAUAUCUACACAAGAUUUUGAUCUGUAAUACACUCCAGUAUUAACAGUAUGCUGUUUAGUUACAGUUAUGGAAUUUUAGAGCUAGAUUUGUGUUUUAGAACUGAGUUUGGUCCAAACCUGAAAUUAAAGUAUAACUCUCAAUGUGACUUUGUUUUUUAUUAUUUGCAGCCGAUGACUGUUUCAAACAAAAUUACUUUAACAGUGGGUAUGCUAUCUUUUGUCCUCCAAGAUCUAUAGUGUGAGGAACCGCUAUGAAAUAAUACAUAAAGUUUUUAUCAACUUAAAAUACAAAGUUGCAUCUGUAUGUAGCUCUGUAUGUAGCAAAGCCUAUGACCAAUACUGAAUACAAGAAGUGUUCUGAGGCAAAAAUGAAUAAAGACCACUUUCUUUGUC